UUUCAUGGACUGUCAUCGGUGAAAACAGCUGCACUGUCUCAUCUAUGGUGACUAAGCUACGUUUACGUUUAUAUGGUCUUUGAUCACACGUUAAAUAUAUUAAGGUAUUAUAAUACAGUUUUGUGUUUAGACUUCUUGGAUUUAACCACAUAAGAACAGAAGGACUGUUACUGUUUGGAAUACAAAUCCUUUUCUUUUUAAAAUUUUUGAACCAAAGGUCAGCUGCGUGUGUCAAAGUGUUUUCAGGAUCCAGUGAGUAAAUGAAGGAGGUGUGUCGCAUCUGCGCGCGCGAGCUGUGCGGAAACCAGCGGCGAUGGAUCUUUCAUCCUGCCGCCAAACGGAACCUGCAGGUGCUACUGUCUCACGCGCUGCGCUGCGACCUGCAGCGGGACGGACGCGGAGAAUUCGCCUGCAGCAAGUGCACGUUCAUGCUGGACCGAAUGUACCGCUUCGACACGGUGAUCGCCCGCGUGGAGGCGCUGUCCCUCGAGCGGCUGCACAGACUGCUGCAGGAGAAAGAGCGUCUGCGCCAGUGCAUCAGUGCGCUUUAUAAUAAAAACAAUGGGAAGGAGACCAGGGGGGCGAUGGAGGCGUGUGCGGUGGACAUGUCUGGCCUCCAUGAGACCGAGUACUUCGCUCUGCUGCAGGACGACCUGACGUACUGCAUGUAUGAGUCCUGGGCAGAAGACGAGGAGCAGGUGUUGGAUUGUUCCCACGAUCCUCCUUGCCACGCGUCAGAGGUCUCCUCAUGUUGGCAUCGCUCGCCGAGGUGCAGGGUCUGCAGGGUGUUGCGUGUGCCCGACUCUGACUACGAGGCCGUGUGUAAGGUGCCCAGGAAGGUGGCAAGGAGCCUUUCCUGCGGCCCGUCCACACGUUACUCGGCCAGUGGCGCUGGAAGCGUGUGCGGGGAGGAACAGACCACAACCGUGACUUCAAACACACUGGUUCCCGAGACACAGCGCACAACAUCACGCUCGUCAGACGGUGAGCACACCCUCCGAGACCGCGGGAGCCCCGGCGGGUCACUGGAGUCACUGGAUAAAGGCCGUGGUGCUUCACCCAUCAAAGUUCCCCAGCGUGAAGACCGAAGCUGCUGCGCUGCGUCUGAUCCUCCUCCAGCAAGACUCGCUCUGGAUCUGUCUCUGCUUCAGGACUGUGUGUACAGGCCCGUCCAGAGCCCACGGGGAUGCAAACUGCCUGUUCUGAUCAGUCCUGGGUGUUUUGUUGGAGGAGACAAACUGGACAGUCCAGAUCUAGAGAACCUGUUUGACAGAGCGAACCGCAUGCUGGUGGAUCCAGAGCUGCCCAGAGUCCAGCUGGAUCCGGCGCAGGAGAUGUGGCAGCAGGAGCAGGACGAGUACCUGCCCUUCCGGCUCAGGAGCGGCCCACAGAGGCUGAUAGAAGAGCAGCAUUCUCAGCUGCAUCACUAUGAACAGGCCGCUGGACAGUGUGUGGAUGAACUGAAGCAAGCGCAGAUGCAGGUCACGUCUCUGCAGAACAAGAUCCAUGAGAGAGAGACCAGCAACAAGGAGCUGCAGGAGAAACUGUGUGAGAUGGAGUCAGAGCUCCGGUCCAUCAGACAAGCUGCUCAGAACCAGGAGAGAACCAUCCAGAACCUCACGGACAGCCUGAGAACUAAAGACACAGAGACUCAGGAGCUAUACCGUGUAAUUGAGGGCCAAAACAACACACUGGCCACAAUCACAGAGACCCACCAGCAGCUGCAACACUCACAGGACGUCAUGGACUCGGGGUCGGUUCUGGGUUCCCAGAGCUCAGUAUUGUGCUGUCAGCUGGAGUUGGAGACGAGUCAGUGCGCUCACAGACUGACUCAGAAACGUCUGGAGGAUGUGAUGCGCUCGCGAGACCGACUGCAGAACGAGCUUCAGGACGCGCUGCAGCACAGAGACGUUUCCCACAAACACAACCAGGAGCUUCGUGAGAUGGUUGAGCAGCUGCGGUCUGAGCUGCAGGUCAAAGUGUGUGAGCUGAGAGACCAGGAAGCAGCAGCACGCACCGAAAUCACAGAGCGGGACAAAACCAUCACACAGCUACAGCAGAGCGUAUGCCGCAAAGACGCGCUGCUGCAGGAGUAUUCAGAGCUGCUGGAUGAUUCCUCCGACUGCAGCGGACGCAUUGAGAGAGACGCACUGCUGCAGACGCUGAGGACUCGCAUCAGAGACAGAGACGCUGCUCUGGAGCGCUCGAUCGAUGAGAAGUUCCUCUGUCUGGAGGAGAAGGAUGCUGAAGUGCAUGGACUGCAGCUGGUGCUCCGUGAGAAAGACCGAGACCUGGAGAGACUGCGCUGCGUCCUCGACAACAACAACGACACCAUCACGGGCUUGGAUGCUCUGGUGCGCAGUAAGGAUCUGGAUUUGGAGAGAACACAGGAAACCUGCCGGAAAUUGGAGUGGAUGAAACAGCAGAGCGAUGAGAAACAAACACUCGCUGUACAGGAGAGAGACAGCAUCAUUCAGCAGCUGCAGACGGCGCUGCGCUCACACAGCAGAGAGAGCGAGGAGCUCAGGUCAGUGUUGUUGGGGAAAGUGUCUGCCGCUGACGAGCUCCAGCAGCUGCAGUCUCACCUGUCGAUGAAAGAGCGUCUGUUUCAGGAAGUGAUGUCAGACCGCAGCCGGCAGGCGCAGGAACACCGCAGACAGAUCACAGAGCUGCUCAACACCAUCAGCACCAGAGAUCAGGACAUGAAGGAUUACGGCGAGAGGUUGGGCCGGGUGAUUUCGGAGCGAGCGGGUCAGUUGCAGGAGUUGCGGAGGCAGCUGUCAUCACGGGAACAGGAGCUGAAUGACAUGAACAGGGACCGAGAGAGAGAUGCGUCUGCCUCCAGAGAGCUGCAGAGACUUCAGGACAUUCUCAAGGAGAAAGAUGCCUUCAUACAGGAUUUACUGCGGGGUCCGAGCGAAAUGUUGAGCUCCUCACCAGCAGCAGCACAGGCUGCGUGCACAAGCAGCUCUGAUAAUCUGGAUUUACAAGCCAUCAGAGAUGAGCUACAGCUGACCCUUAAGAAACACAGAGAGACUGAGCAGGAGCUGUCUGUGUUGCGCUCUGUUCUGGCUGCAGGGCGUCACAAAGCAUCGAGCUCAGAUCAGCAGUGUGUCCUGCAGCAGCUCGUGUCGGAGCAGCAGGCGCUGAUUGAAGCUCUGAGAGCCGAGACGAAGGUUUAUCAGAAGCUCAGACGCAUCCAGUCUCAGGAGGACAGUGCUGAGAAGACUAGCGCGCUGCACGCCGAACUGGACACGCUUCAGGUGCUGCGCCAACAGCUGGAGGAAACCCUGAGACGGAGCUGUGAGACGGCGCUGGCGGUGGACCGGGUCGACUGUGGAGAAUCCAGUAGUGAUGAAGAUGAAGAUGAUCAUGACAGCAGUGAAGAGUUCACAGACAGCAUAGAGGACAAUGACAUCAAACUGACGGCUCAGAGUUUGAGAGCUGAGGAGUUCAGCAGAACGGGGAACUGGCAGCUGAUGUCCCAGCAUGCAUCAGAGCAGAGAAGCGAAGGCAAGACGGGCCGCUCCUCACUCUCUCACAGCAGGAACGAGCCUGGAUUAGCAGCAGAUGAGGAGGAAUCUAAGAAGUUGUUAGAGAAGCAUGAAACAGACCGGCCAAACUCCCAUGAGCCUCAGAGAGUUUGCUGUACGUUCAGAGAGGAGGAGGAGGAAGAAUUAGAUUAUAAAGAUGAAGGGGAAGAUGCCCGGGCCCGUCACGGCAAGCGUGGGCCCCCGAGUGUGGAGCUGCGUGAGGGGAGGUGGAAGAGGAGGUGCACCAGACCACAUUCUCUGGACCUCGGAGCUCUGCUGUCACACAAAUCUGCAGCCCAUCUCAAAAUUCAGGAUGUAGAAAUGGAGCAAGAGGUUGAUGGUGUCAGUGACAGUCCGAGAGCAGGAAGAGGCGGAGCCAUUGGGUUCUGGCAGCAUGUGGAGGCGGUGCUUCGGGAGCAGGCAGAGCGUCUCCGUAGCGACCUUGCCAUGAGUCGUCAGGAGAGCCGUGAUCUGCAGGAGAGACUGAUGGUGUCAGAGGCGACAGUGCAAGCACAGGCCGAACAACUGAAAGACUACAGAGAGCUGCUGACCGACAGCGCCGUCCAGCGGGACAGUAAACAGGUGCAGGUGGAUCUUCAGGAUCUUGGAUAUGAGACGAGUGGCCGCAGUGAGAAUGAAGCUGAGAGAGACGACGCCAGCAGCCCCGAGUUAGAUGAGUUGGAGACGUGCAUCUCUCUCUUGGAUUCGGGGAGCAGAUGCAGCAGUUGGCUUGGUAACAGCGAUGGUGCACAUACAGACGACCCAUCCUCGCUGAAGCGUUUGGUGCAGGACCUGCGCACGCAGCUCUCCCGCUGCCACAAAGUGAUCUGCGGCCUGCAGCUGCGAGUUCGUUCGCUCUCUGCAACCUCUGACUACGCUUCCAGCCUGGAGCGCACACCACGCAAGGUGAACUGGGCGCUUCAGGUAAGUGCGGAUCACAGCGGUCUGGAAGAGGACAAGGGCUGGCAGUCCGACGGGCCGCUGAGACGCAGCCGUGAGCUGCAGGAGCUGGUGACCCGCGUGGCACUGCUGGAGACCCAGAUCAAGAGCUCCAAACUGGAGGGGAAGAGCGGUGCCGAGGACGGGAAAUGUGCCACCUGGCCUGGGAAGUACAACACACUGAUCCAGGCCCAGGCACGAGAGCUGUCACACCUGCGGCAGAAGAUGCGAGAGGGGCGGGGCAUCUGCCACAUCCUCACACAGCACCUGAGUGACACGACCAAAGCCUUCGAGGAGCUGCUGCGUGCCAACGACAUCGAUUACUACAUGGGCCAAAGCUUCCGGGAGCAGCUUUCCCAGAGUUCCUCACUCGCUCAGAGAGUCAGCACCAAGAUCAGUGGACGUGAUCGUUUAGAGCAGCAAGAUGAUAAAACGGGUCACGAGCUGCUGGCGCUGAGGUUGAGUAAGGAGCUCCAACAUAAAGAUCAAAUCAUCGAAUCUCUAAACUCCCAGUUACAUCAGCGUCCCGACACGACCUACAGCAGCCACGCCUCCUCUGAGACAACAGACCAAUCAGAUUGCGCCUCGUUUUUGUCCGACGAAAGAGGCUCCACCAAUGAGGAUGUAGACCUGUGCUCAGACAUGGACGCAGCCAGUGAGUUUACACAGGAGAAACCUGAAGACAAAGACAGAGGUGUGUUCACUGAACUCUUGUCCAGCUCACAGAUUCUGAUCAGUGCUCAUUCUAACCCCAUGACCUUUGCCCCCGUGACCUGCCCUGACCCUGACCACAGGAUCUUGACUUUCUCAGCACAGAGGAGGCCGCCCAUGAGAACUUUCAGCGCGCCUCACUCGCUCUCCAGCUAUCAGCUGACCGCACACACGCCCCGUCCCAUCGAUUUCACGCCUGUGUCCCAUCAUACACGGGGAAACAGUGGAGGCCUGUCUGUGCAGACAGAUGCAUUGUGGGACAUGGAGAAUAUGAUUCAGCCAAUCGGAGGUUUUAAUGGAUCAUCUCAUUAUCUGUCUGGUAACAGCCAAUCACGUGUAGAUGUGAUUGAGGAGCAUCUGAAAGAAAUCCGAUCCCUGCGUCAGCGUCUGGAGGAUUCUAUCAGAACCAACGAGAGAUUGAGACAGCAGUUAGAGGGACGUCUGGCCACAGCAGUGAGAGAGACAGUGGCUCCAACCAACAUCUUUGUCCACAGUCAAGAUGCAGUCAGUCAACUGACCAAUGAAGUCCGAGCAUUAAAGGAGGACAAUCUGGCACUACAGUCAAGAUUACAAUCCAGCAGAGACAGCAGUGAAGAGGUGGAGCAGCUCCGGGAGGCGGUUCUCUCUGGGCGUGUCCGUCUGCAGCAGGCGGAGUUAGAGGCGGAGCAAUGGAAGGAGGAGUUGAGGAGGCUGCAGAAACACAACUGUGAACAAAGUCAACAAAUCCAGCAGCUGCGCCAGGACAGAAAAAACAAUCAGGAACACAACAACAGACUGCAGCACGAGGUGACUUUACUCCAGCAGCAGUUAGCAGAGAGCAGACAGCUUCUACACUCCCUACAGAGUGAACUACGGCUGUACGACCGUGUGUGUGGCGUGAGAAAGAGCUCUGCUGCAGGGUUGGUGUGUGAGGUGCGGUGCCCGGCCGUGGAGCUCGGGGAGCUGCUGGUGGAGGUUCGGGCUCUAAGGGUCCAGCUGGAGAGCAGUAUACAGGAGAAUGGUGCUCUACGAGCUCAGCUGCAGAAACAGCUGGAUCAGUCCAUCGAUCAGCGGCCAUCGCCCAUCAUCCCAGCCAGUCCGCUGCGGGAGGUGCUUUACCGCAGACACCUUCUACACGACCCGUCUCCUUCUCCUCCUGUCAGAGACGUGGGUCCGUUUCCCGCCGGGCCUCUGUACUCGCCGUACUCAGAGAUGGAGGAGAGCGCUGUGAACUCUAACGACUCACUGGAGCCUCAUGCAGAUCUGGAAGGAGAAGCUCCGGACGGCUCGUUCGCCAGCUGUAAUGGGCGGCACGCCAUCGGUCACGUGGACGACUACAGCGCUCUGCAGCAGCAGGUGAUGGAGGGAAGCGCGCUGGUGCAGCGGAUGGAGGCGGCACUGCAGUCCAGUCUCGGCUCUGCCCUGCUGGAGAUCAGCGGAGGAAAGGCUCUGGACUACAACACAGUGAAGACGCUGCUCUCCGACACCAAGACCUUGCGUCAGAUUCUGGACGAGGCCAUGUCUCUGCUCAAGAUGUUCUGGCGGGCGGCGCUUCCGAGCAGCGAUGGUCCUGCUCAUCUCAUUCAGAGGGAGCAGGUCAUGCGUGAGGAGAUCCAGUCGCUGCGUUUGCGGAUUGUUGACCAGGAGGAAGUUCUUCAGAGUACAAUCCAGCGUUUGCGCUGCUCCAGUCGAACCAAAGAGAACAUGGAGACCUUCAUCAUCAAUCAACUUUCCCGGACGCGAGAUGUGCUGAAGAAAGCACGAGCGAAUCUAGAGAAGAAUGAGCUCAGGAUUUCCUCUCUAAGCUCCUCCCCUUCCUCUCUUUGCCAUGGAAAAGUCUUCACCAAUGCGUCCGCAGGUUCUUCUGCAUGGAGUCGCAUGACCCCUGCGUCUUCUGGGAUCGCCAUGGAAACAACCAGACUGCAACGACCUGCCCAGAAGCGUGUCAGGCAGUGACUUCAGCUUUCUGCUCCCCGUUAAACCAGCUGACAACCGGUCAACACCUCUAACUAACUAACUAACCCCCUAACCCUCUUUCUUUCUAAAAUCCAGAUGCCUGUUGAUUGCCUGUUUGUGAGAAGACAUUUAUCUUUUGCCAUUAGAAAGAAAAAACAUUCUUUACUUUCCGAGACAUAAACAGAAUGCCACAGAAUUCCCUGGAGUAUAUCUGGGAUUUUUGGCAAACAGUCUGGUCAGCAUGUGAGCUGUUCUGAGCGCUGACCUCUGCCGACACGUGUCAUGAGAUGAAAUGCCAACUAAAGCAUGUGAAAUAAGUUCAGGUGCUUUCAUCAAAUGUCAUUGUGCUAUGUAUUGAGCCACUGUUAGUAUUAGUAUGAUUGUUGAUAUUGUCAUCAUUAUCCAGUUCUACUGAAUGUUGUGUAUAGUAUUUGCAUGAUGGAGAUUGAUAAAAAUAAAGUACACUUGUUUUUUAGUGAGGUGAGGUGAGGUUCACCAAACAUGCCAAAGUUUGCAUGGUUAAUUUCUAUCAUUUCUGACUUAAGUGUGCUAUUGAUGUUGACGUCUGUAAGGACACUGAUUUCAAGUUACCCCUAACUUACUAGCACUAUUUUAACAACCUUGUAGAUUUUCAGUAGGAGUGCUUUGGGUGUCUUGGUAGUCGCUUAUGCCAGAGAUAUACAAACUUAGUUCACAAGCAAAUAAAUAGGUAAGAUUUUCUGCACUGGCAAAAAUGAAUAUAAAAUUCAAGUUGUCAUUGAUUUGUGCACAGUCAUUCAUGUGCAGCUAUAAUCAGUGAUAGUGUUGAAGAUUUCCAAACUAAAGAUGGCAAACUUUGGCAGGGAUUGGUGGGACCAGAGCUACUGAUGAUGUCACAAUCAGAGAUGUUUCUUUAUUGCUUUUAGAUUUGAGCUGUAUAAUCUCUUUUAGAUCUGUACAUAUAUGCCAUCCUGUUGUUUUAAUUGCG